AUGCCUGGAAAACAGCUUAGAAAAAGACCGAGACAAUGCCAGCAAGCGAAGAGUCCAGAAGAUGUCUGGAGACUAGUCAAGCAGGCAGCAGCCGAGAUUGAUCGCCGGGGGGUAUUGAACCAAAACGAAGAGGACCGGUUGUUGACUGCCAAAGCAUUCCGGGGGGCAUUGAGCCAAGACGAAGAAGACCGACUGUUGGCUGCCAAAGCAUAUGUGCAACAUGCCACUGCACCUUUAAAUCGCUCGGACAAAUACGGGAGCUUUAUUGUUCAACUACAGGAAGAAUGCAAGUCAACACUGCAGUUGCUAUACACUGCCGUUAUCCGGAAGAACUGGUUAUAUUACAUGCACAUAGCAGAUAUUCCUAAGUUGGUUGAACUUCUGAUUGGCAAUCAAGCUGCGCUCAGUUUUAAGAGCAAGGUUUUGGCGGAUCUUGCCGUUACUCAUUUGCCACAAGGUAGGUACUCUCAACCCAACACCAUCUUCACAUGGCCAUACCAGCUGACCUAUUUCCCAGAAACUGGGGCGAGAGCCAGGAGGAAGACGUCUAUAGACGCUACGCUAACAAAUCCAGACGCAACUCAUAUGCCAGGGCAAGAAAACAGGACUCUGUCUGCAAAUAUCAUCUCGCCGAGAACGCCAGGCAUGCCCAGACGGGCCACAGAAGGGCAGGCCGCAGAAGUGAAAUGGUCAAGACAAAGCAUCAUCACCUGUUUUGACGAGCAAUUUGCCGACGUAACCAGGUGCGCUGAAGGGCAAACCAUUACCAUGUUCUUUCCAAGUUGGGGAGGUUCGGUUGGUUGUCUUAUGACGAUUCCUCUGGAUUUACCCACGGCGAAGCGACUUUUGGAGGAGCUCUCCGGUAAUGUACUACGGUUGAUGGAUGAUAUGCUAGCGCUCGAAGUUAAAGGCGGCGUUGUGGUUGUAGGGGGAGGUUUCGACUUCAAAAGCUUUACUGGUCAAGCCAUCGCUACUAAACUUAGCCAGCAACUUUGGAAGUAUAUCGAAGCAGGUCCUGGCCGACAGACGGAAUUGCAGUAUGGCAUGCAAUGUACAGACAGUGUAUCCCUGUCCAUUUCACGCAAGUAUUGCUAUCUCAGCAUUGCUAUUGACACAACAGACGCCACAAGAAUACUCGAUUGUUUAUCUAGCUGA